AAACGUCCAAGCGUCAUGGGCUCCUGAAAGUGGGAGUUUGCUCCCUCCCCUCAAAAUAUAUCAUCUUUACCCUUAAAAACUUGUCGCUGAAGCCUACAGAAGUCAAUAGUGUAGAAGCUGACAUGUGUGUCACGAUACAGAGACAACCAGGACAUGCCGAAGAGAGGAAAGAAGGCCAGGAGGAGGCGUGCAAAGUUGGGCACAGAAGCAGACGUGACACUUCAACAGUUUGCCGACGCCGACGGUACUACUCACCCUCCAUCUGGGAGGCUCGGCAAGGGCGAGGCUAACGCCUUCGUCCGGCAAGCCAAGGCUCUCUGUCACGUCCAGCCGUCAGAAACCUUGAAGAUGGAAGAGGAAGACUCACUCCCCUGGUAUGAGAAAGACUGGGACAGUGACCAGGGAGACAUCCAUGCAGGGAGUGACAGUGACACUGAACUUGAACUUGAAGAAAACUUGACUAGCAUUAACCAACUUAACAAUAAACACAGGCAAGUACAAGACAGUUCAGAGCCUGAAGUUGAGUAUCCAAUGGAUCUGUGGUUUGUACUUGCUCCCUACAUCAGGCCAGAGGAUAUUGGAAGGUUUGCUGCAAUUUGUAGAAAUACCUGGCAUCUUACUCAAACCAUCGGCUUCUGGCGAAGGCUCUACAACAGGUACUACUCGUCCUCUGCUCAGCUGCCUGAACGUCUGCAGCCUGAGUGUAUGGAGAGAACCAUGUGUCUGCGGACUUGUGUUGUCCGGUCUCUGUUCUACCUGUACACACCUUUCCAGCUGCAGGUGAACACCAGAGCACCUGUGGACCAGGAGAGGUUCAAUGGCAUCAUCGGCAGCAGGUGCUUGUACAGCUGGUGCUCCAAGGGCCGCACCUGUCUCUCCACUCAGUCGGGCAUACGAGACGUCUGGGUCUUCUACUUCAAGCUGCAGCUCCCCGGCCGGCCACCAGGUGGCAUCUACCAUCCCAGGAGGAGGAGGAGGAGGCUGUGGGAUGUGGAUGAAGAUAAUGACGACGCUUUGGUGAACCCAGAAGACGGUUACUGCGUACUCCGCAUCGUGGCUCCACACUAUAUUGCUGUCCCGGGAACUGUUAUGGGAAAAGUCAUGGCUGACAUCAAACUUGCUCUCAGUGGAAACAUGCAGAACCAUUGUAUAAUGAUGCACUUUUCAGAUCAGCUGUGCAUGACUAGGAAGAAACCAAAGGCAGCUAAUGGUUCAAACAGGGCCAGGACUAAAGCUAACUGUUCAGCUAUGCUGGGGGAAAGAGUGAUUCUGGACCCAGUAAAAAGCAUUCAGGUCUUACACUGGUGGCAUCCCCACUAUCCAUACAAGUAUCCUGGCUAGUUAUGGGGGCAUUGAAUAUUGCAGCCUAGGCUAAGCAUGAAUUCGGUAACAUAUUGAAAAAGGAGCAACUUGCCAAAUGAGUCAAAUGUACAGUGCUAUUUCCUUUACUGUUUACUUUACAAUCACGAUUCUGAAAUACAACUUGGUGUAUCUGAUAGUAACUGAGCAUAAAAUAAAACUCCAGGGUAAACUCAUUAUUACGAUGAUUUUGUUGUUGAUUAGGUUAUCAGGGUUUUUGUUUUCAAAGGUCCGGAGUUAGCAUUGACUUGGUGUACUUGGACUUCUGAUGAAACAACCCCUGACGGGGAUUCAGAGUGUUUGCAAAGGCAGCUGUAAAAUGCUUUCUGGCAUGAAACAACAUGAUAGAAAGGUGCAAUAGAAAUGUGAAAGACAACAUGUUGUCUCUUGUAAAUACAACAGAACAUGUAAGUUUUAAGCAAUAAGAAGAAAAGUGUACCCAAAUCACUUACAGAGAUAUAAAGCAUUAGCAACAUGAAUUGAA